CGCCGCGGGUUUGCGCGGGGCGCUGCGCUCCGAGCGUCCAGCGCUGCCCGGCUCUGCGCUGCGCGGAGACUUUGCGCGGCCGCGGAGCCCUGCGGCACAACGGGGAGUCGGCGCCUCCGCCGUCCUCCUGGCCCUGGGAGCGGCUGGCUCGCUGGGAGCCGCGUUCCAAUUAAGUGGAGUGACCUUAUGUUUUCUCCCAGGCUAAGAUUUAAUAAAAGUGUACUGAAAAUAUUCUUUGAUGCCCGGGGUAAUAACUUCCAAGGUAAAAAUAAAAAGUUUGGCCCCGGGCCUGAGCGGCUUUUUAAGCUCAUAGGAGCAACUGAGUAAACUUUGUCUAUUUUGCCACUCUCUGCAACUUCCUCCUCGUUUGCCCGUUAAUAUCGGUGUGAAGCAGGAGGCUCCUUAGGUUGUGCUGUUGUUCAGUGGGGGAAAACAGAGAAAGGGAAACAACGGUGCGGUAAAGGCGCCCAGUGUGCCGGGACUGUCAGUCCUAGGUGGGCCGUUUGUUGGUGGGUCGCCGGUGUAAGUCAUUGACUGCACGGGGGCACGUCGUUCAGAUUCUUAGCGAAAGAUGAGGACACGUUGUUUCCCCCACGUAUGAACGCAGCUAUAAUUUAAGGCUCAAUGCACGUAAACGAGGAACAGGAAUUAUUUAAAAGAUUCCAAAUGAAACGGACUCCUACCAGCACCCCCCGCACGGCCGCCCCCACCCGUCCCCUCCCUCCGGCCGCACUGCAGUCCGGCCCCGCGUGGUGCCGCGCUCGGGGCGCAGCCCGCACCCGUCGGGUAUCGGCGGCCCCGCGGCGCUAUCCCCGAAGGCCGGGGCAGAUGCUGGCUCAGUCACCGCGUUUAAGAAAACAGACGAGGGCGCCAAACGACAGCAAUAAACCCGCCGCACGCUUCCGCUCCGCCUCCCGCUCCCCCUCCGCCGGGCCGUGCGGGAGGCUGCGGGGUUCCGGCUCGCGGUACCGGCGGUCCGUCCGUCCGUCUCCCCCCGUUGAGUGCAGCCCCGUCCCCCCGCAGCGCCCCGGUGUCCGCCCGGCCCCGUGCCCGCCGCAACGACCCGCGAGCGAGGAAAAGUCGCUAUUGACUUUAGUCUGGUUUUGGGGCUGUAAAACGCAGGACACCACAGUUCAGGCGAAAUUCACAUUUCAAAGGGCUGACAUGAAACGGUCAUUAAUGGAAGGGUGGAUUUUGCAAACAACGCCUAGAAUGUUUCCUAAAUAUUUCAUGGAAUGUUUAGGGAGACUUUCACACGUUAUUAAAAGAAAAAAAAUCUGACAAGUAUCCCAUUUGCGAGCUAUGAAUCAUGCGCAAGAGCAGCAGAACUUAGAUGUGUGUGACCGACAUUAGCGGGAGAGCUCUGCUCGCAAAAAAUCCGGCCCGCGUUGGGCCACCAAACCCUCGGGUUCUCGGGGUCUGACCACGGGAUGAUGCUGGGGGGGAGGAAACCACAGCGAGGAUAAAGGCCGGGCGUCUAUCGGGGAGCGCUCCGGAGAUGCUAACGACAAAGGAUAUAUCUUCGUUUAAAUGGUCGCCAUCAGCGACAUUAUUACGGGCAAAGUUAGCGCUGAAGGGCCACUUCCAGAGCGCCGCGGGUGCGGAGCGUGGCAGCCCGUAGCCCCGCAGCGGCACGAAACGGAGCGAUGAGCUCACAGAGCCACAGAGGCCAAACCCCAGAGCAAUUCAAGCAGGAUCUGAUCAAGCUGAGGACGAGAGCUUUGCUCCUCACUUCUCGUCUCUCUUUCUUUCCACCUGGAUAUAUUUGUCUGCUCAGAAGCCGCCUUCAUUAUCCACUGACAGGAGCUUGUAUUUAUUUGCUUAUAAACCUGUUACAAUAAAUGAUUAUUCGAACAGCGUCAUUCGUACCUUAAUGACGAGCGCUACUUUUUGAUGAAUGACAUUUCGGGCUAGAAAGGAUGUAUGGGUCAUUUUGACCAGUCAUUCCCUCGCUUUGGCAUCCCACAGUUUUUUACGCCUCCCUCAAAAAGAGAUAAUAAUAUUUAGAGACACUCUCCGGGCUGAAUGUGAAUUAGCCCCUGCCGCAGCUCAUCAUUAGUACAGGACCAGCCCUGCAACUUUGACAUUUUUUAUAAAGCUGAGAUGAUGGAAAGAAUAAGAAAAGAGAUGAUCCUGAUGGAGAGAGGGCUGCACAGCCCUACGGCUGGCAAAAGGCUCUCGAAUUUGUCAGACUCAGCUGGAAAUGCGGUGCUGGAGGCCCUCGAAAAUUCGCAGCACAGUGGUCGCCUCAGCCCGAGACUAACUUCCUCCUCCCUGCACGGCGCGAUAGGGGACAUCUCCGCCAAAGGCAAAUUCGAAAUAGACACUUUGUUCAACCUGCAGCAUCCGAGCGGCGAAAGCACCGUCUCGUCCGAAAUCCCGCCGUCGGAAAGCAGGAAGAAAAUCAGCCUUUAUCCCGAAGUGGCUCAAGAGGCAGAGAUGAACAGCGACGUGGAGGUGGGCUGCUCGGCGCUGCGCUCCCCGGCCAGCCUGCCUUCCUCCCAGCUCAAGGAGAACAACACCAAAGGCUUCGCGGAGAGCAGCCCGGCUCCCAGCACCCCCGCCGCCCCCGGGCUGGGCCUGCACGGCGGCAGCGCGCUGGGCGGUUCGGCGGCCGGGGCAGACCAGGUGCGCCGGUACCGCACCGCCUUCACCCGCGAGCAGAUCGCCCGGUUGGAGAAGGAGUUUUACCGGGAGAACUACGUGUCGCGACCGCGCCGCUGCGAGCUGGCAGCCGCCCUCAACCUGCCCGAGACCACCAUCAAGGUGUGGUUCCAGAACCGGCGCAUGAAGGACAAGCGGCAGCGCCUGGCCAUGUCCUGGCCCCACCCGGCCGACCCCAGCUUCUACACCUACAUGAUGACCCACGCGGCGGCCACGGGCAGCCUGCCCUACCCUUUCCACUCGCACGUCCCGCUGCACUACUACCCGCACGUCGGAGUCACCGCCGCGGCCGCCGCCGCCGCCGCCUCUGGGGCCGCCGCCGCGCCCUUCGCCACCUCCAUCCGCCCGCUGGACACCUUCCGCGCCCUCUCGCACCCCUACUCUCGUCCCGAGCUGCUCUGCAGUUUCCGCCAUCCCGGCCUCUACCAGGCGCCCGCCGCCGCCGGUCUCAACAGCGGCGCGGCGGCCUCGGCGGCGGCGGCGGCGGCGGCAGCGGCGGCGGCGGCGGCGGGCUCGGGUCCGCCGGGGGGCUCGGCCCCGUGCUCGUGCCUCAGCUGCCACAGCAGCCAGACGGCGGCGGCGGCGGCGGCGGCCUCGGCCUUGGGCUCUCGGGGCUCCGCCGCCGACUUCCCGUGCACCGCGGGCGCGCAGCGCUCCGAGAGCGGCUUCCUGCCCUACUCGGCGGCCGUGCUGGGCAAGGCCGCGGUCGCCUCACCGGAGCAGCGGGAGGAGGCGCCGCUGACCAGAUAACCGGCCGGGGCUCAGCGCGGGGCUCCCCGGGCAGAAGUUCCUUCUAUUUUUCUAUUGCCGCCCGACGGAGGGCGCGGGGCUCGGGGAGGGGCAGGAGGGAAUGCGUUCCUGGGGUUUCUUCGUCCUCUCUCUCUCUUUCUCUCCUUUUUUCCCCCUUUUUUUUUUUUUUUUUUUUUUUAAAUAAUAAUUAUUAUUAUUUCGGUUUGAGUUCGAAUAAAUGGGAAACUCUCGCGCAGGUAUUGUACGGAAACUGGUAGCUCGCGAGGCCGCUGCGGCCGGGCCGGUUUAUGGGAGGGUGAGACUGACAGCGUGGGGAGAGGCGUUCUGCAGGCUCGUGCUUUUCACCGACCAUAAUCCACGCUCUCUGGGAAAUACUUGAAUCUCUCAUGGUGUCGGUGUCGUCCUGAAGCAUUUACGUUAUAGACGCUUUUUAAAUUCAGAUUCUUUUUUAUUCCGUAGCGCGUUUCUCCCCUUUCUGUCUCACGCUCGGAUUUAUUGCUCACGUCUCGCUCGUGCCCCCGCGCAGCCACCGCCGGGCGACCGAGAGCCGCCGCUCCGCAACCGCUGCUACGGGAGGGACUGCCGUGAACUUGGAGAAAGGCACAUCAAAAAGCACCGGUGUUACUGCCAUGUCAAUUUUGAUGCUAAUAAUGUGCAGAUUAUGACGAAAAUUGCCAAUCAUGUUCUCUGAUGGACCUCCUUUGAAUGUGGAAUUGGAAAAAAGUUCCCCGCACAGAGACCUGCUGUCAAGUACUAACAACCCGCUAAGGGAAGUCAUUAGAAGAGACAGAUAAGAGACUCGGUACAUAAAACAUUGUUCUCGGUGCAUAGAAUGUAUGUUAUUUAAUGUUAUAUCUGUUACCCGAAGUGAUUUCGCACAAGAAAGCCACUUUCUUAUCAUCUCAAUUGCCAAUUUUCAUUUUGGUAACUCGGACGCCCCGGGCAGACUUUUCUCUGUUAAGUUGAUGUUCCACCAAUGUGAAGAGCCUCAUUAAAUCAAGCCCAGAUAUUUCCAUAAUGCUCCCUACAGAGCCACUUCGCUCUUCCCAUAAUGAGAUUUUUCUGAAGAGUUGAAGCCCUCAUCCAACUUGCUAUUGCUUGUUUGGGCCCCGUGUGACUCACACGCGUGUAGGCACUCACCAAAAUACGCCUCUUAUAUAUUUCGAGUAAGUGUCCCGAAAUGCUUAUAUUUUUAAGACACUGGAUUUUUUGUCAUUAUUCUAAUAAUGAACUUUCAGGAAAUGAUUUCAAGGCUACGCCGUUCCGUUGGCUGAAAGUAAAUCGUGGGCUUCUUUACCAGGCGGGACGGAGCCCUCGGGCGGGGGUAGGGAUGGGCAGAGGGAGGAAUACCCCGAGGCUCCCGCGGCGGAUUUAUUGUACAGUCACUGCUUAGGGAAAGGGAAAGUACGCGGGGAGACACCCAACCCACCUAUCUCGGUUCGUAAGGAACAAACAACAAGACUACUUAUGUCCAAAGGUGACGAUACCAGCUGUUGUUCACUGAGUUUACAUUUAAUUUUUUUUUUCUAAUUAAUAUAUAAUUUAAGGCUAAAGAAGAUAGACCAAAACGUAGCACUCUUUUUACCAGCUCAACCUUUUCGAUUGUUGCAAUCGUUUGUUCCGGCCGCUCAGUCAAUGGGCUGCGCACACGGCGGUGUUGGCAAUAACGUUUACAUUUAUCCGAAGCAGAGAUAUAUGUCGAUGAAACGAUCGAGGAGAACGCUGGUUGGUAAAAUUAACGUAAAUUCGUUUUAUGUUAGGUCCGUUGGACCUGGUUAUUAUAUGAACCUGUAAAUAAAGUCUUCGUGCUUUAAAUAUCGCUGGCUGUACGAACUCGCUGUAAAAUAUUUUACAAAUGUGCAAUAAUUAUAAAGCUUUGUAUAUUACGUUAUUUAUUGUGUUUGGUCAAUUAAAAUAAAUGUUAUUUAAAUCAAAGCGGGGUUAUUUGUUUAAGAGGCUGCAAAACAUUGCGCACUGAUGUUUGUUUUUAAAUAUGGCAUCCAGGGCUGCGAGAACUUCUUAAAACAACAUCUUUAAACGCCUUUUAAUACACAUAUCAGAUGGAUUAAUUCAUACUAAUCAGUAUUUUUACUGCGAAAGCUACGCAUUACUCAUGUUUAUAGCAGAUGUGUAAUAAGUCCAAACAUUGGUUUAGCGCUAAUUGGCUGGCUAAACAGCUGCGUGUUUACAAAUACUAUAGAGAUAUUCCGUGAGAAAAUAUCGCGGCCGCCUUCCACGCUUUGAUCCCUUUCCGGGGACAAAACACGGAGAACAUUUGAACGCUUCGACCGCCCUUCCCCGCCGACGAGGAGAGCCGAAGGCACCGCUCCCAUCCCGGCCACGGCCGGCCCUGCGUCGGGAGGAGGGAGCGGUGCCGCGGAAGCUCCUCUCCCCCGCAGCCUUCGCGCUCAUCCCGACCGUCCGUAUAUUUACAGAUCGGCCGUAAAAUCGAUAUUUCGAUGGAAAAAUGCGAGAGUCAAUGGUGUGUGCAAAGCAGUCUAUUUCUAUUCGAUUGGAAAAGCGAGAUGUCCCUUCCGCGAAAUUUUCCUUCACCAACUGCUCACUCUGGCAUUAAUUACAACGACACGGAAACUAUUGGGAAUACGAAGGCUGCUUUCACAAGCCAUUUUGGCCCUGUAAUUUACCAUUAUUAUUGCAUUAGCUCUAAAUGAUACAAGCUGAUACUGUCUUUAAUUGCAGUUUGGUUAAAUAUAUACUGGAGUGAUCCCUGGGGUUUUUCCU